CAGGAUAUGCCACGACCGAGAUCUCGUACACCACAAGGUUCUACGGCCCACCCCCAGGCUCGGGCUUCCCGACCUCAACGUUACGUCGCCCCGGCCGUUCGUUCAGUCGCCCACGCAGCAACGUGGACGACCUUGUCUGGUGACACCAGUGUUGGAUUCGUGUCGCACCGUCGAUGGAGAGACCAACCGCGCCCGCUGCGCGACGACCCGGUCGCCCUCGUGCCCGAACCUUUCAAAGGCCUCACGCUCCAAGACCGCCACCCGACCGAGCCCCCAGCCGUCUAUACACCGGAAGAGAUGGCACGUCUCUGCCCCUUGUGCCACGUCAUCCAGUUCCAUCCAGCAACACAUCGAGCGAGCCCUUUGCACCUGAACAGAGCUCUCCAACCGCCCCCUGCUCCUGCAAUCAACCCUGGACCCCAAGACAUCGAGGCAGCUCUCGCCCUUGUGCGUCGGUUCCGGCCCCACCUGCUCUCGCCUGCGGGACCCCGGGACGAACUCAUACUCGACGUGCCGGACCUGCCAGACAUGUGAACUCUAAGUGGGGGAAGAGUGUGGGGCGCUGCAGUUCGCCCAUGGUACAGUCGCUGCUUAUCGAAGGAGACAAAAGCGCCACGCGAUGGGGGGAGAGGGCAAUGUUUCUGCCGACAGCUGUCAAGGUAGGCAGCGGGGCUUGGAGCGGAACAGAGGA